AUGUCCUGGAAACUAACCAAGAAAUUGAAAGAGACUCAUCUGGGUCCUCUGGCCAACACAUUCUCCCGCACCCCGGCAACGCCCCCCCUUUCAGAGAAAGAAGACAAAAGCCCCUCGGCCCUUCCUCAAACACCGAGUCCUACAAAUGAGAGCACCAUAGCGGCCUCGGAAGACCUCACGCAGGCACCGGUUAUCGAGCCCCCAAAGCCCGGCAUCCUUGUCGUUACGCUACACGAGGGCCAAGGCUUCUCCCUACCAGAGCAACAUCGGGACUCGUUCGGCUCUUCCCACCCUGGCAACUCGUUAUCGACCGGAAAUACACUCAGCAGCGUGGCCGGCUCCAUCCGGCCGGCAUCGUCGUCACGCGGGUUAGGCUUCAUGAAUGGCGGCCGACCUCAGACGUCAUCGGGCGGCUUCAGCGGAAUUCCGACAAACCACGGCCGAAUCUCGGCCAAGUACAUGCCGUAUGCCUUGCUCGAUUUUGACAAGGUCCAAGUCUUUGUCAACUCAGUCGAAGGCAACCCCGAGAACCCGCUGUGGGCUGGAUCCAACACGCAGUACAAGUUCGACGUGUCGAGAGUGACGGAGUUAGCUGUACAUUUAUAUAUCCGGAACCCCAAUGCGGCCCCCGGCUCUGGCCGGAGCCAGGACAUUUUCCUCGGCGUCGCCCGGAUCAACCCCAGGUUCGAGGAGAGGCAGCAAUACGUCGAGGAUCCCAAGGCCAGCAGAAAGGACCGCGAAAAGGCGGCGGCGGAGUUUGCGAACCGCGAGCGCUCUCUCGGACAAAGCGGCUUGGAAUGGGUAGAGGUCCAGUAUGGUACAGGAAAGCUCAAGAUCGGUGUUGAGUACGUGGAGAACCGCGCUGGCAAGCUCAAGAUCGAAGACUUCGAGCUCCUCAAAGUCGUGGGCAAAGGCAGCUUCGGCAAGGUUAUGCAGGUGCGGAAGAAGGACACAAACCGUAUCUACGCGCUCAAGACGAUCCGAAAGGCCCACAUCAUCUCGAGAUCCGAAGUCGCGCAUACGCUGGCCGAGCGUUCGGUCCUCGCCCAGAUCAACAACCCCUUCAUCGUCCCACUAAAGUUCACAUUCCAGAGCCCCGAGAAGCUGUACUUUGUCCUGGCAUUUGUGAACGGCGGCGAGCUCUUCCACCACUUGCAGAAAGAGCAGCGCUUCGAUGUUAACCGCAGCCGAUUCUACACCGCCGAGCUGCUCUGUGCUCUCGAGUGUCUCCACGGCUUCAACGUUAUUUACCGCGACCUGAAGCCCGAAAACAUUCUUCUAGACUACCAAGGUCAUAUUGCCCUGUGCGACUUUGGCCUGUGCAAGUUGGACAUGAAGGACGAGGACCGUACCAACACGUUCUGCGGGACGCCCGAGUACCUCGCCCCCGAGUUGUUGAUGGGCAACGGCUACAACAAGACGGUCGACUGGUGGACUCUCGGUGUGCUUCUGUAUGAGAUGUUGACGGGACUGCCACCGUUUUACGACGAGAACACCAACGAGAUGUACCGGAAGAUUCUCAGCGAGCCCCUGCACUUCCCCGGACCCGAGAUUGUGCCGCCUGCGGCCAAGGACCUCUUGACCAAGCUGCUGAACCGCGACCCUCAGCAGCGGCUGGGGGCCAAUGGAUCGGCCGAGAUCAAAGCACACCCCUUCUUCCACGCCAUAGAUUGGCGCAAGCUUUUACAGCGGAAGUACGAGCCUCAGUUUAAGCCCAAUGUGGUUGAUGCGCUUGACACGGCCAACUUUGACCCCGAGUUUACGUCGGAGCCGCCACAAGAUUCCUACGUCGACGGAGAUGUUCUCUCUGAGACGAUGCAGAACCAGUUCACUGGCUUCAGCUACAAUCGUCCAAUUGCCGGCCUAGGAGACGCUGGCGGCAGUGUCAAGGACCCUUCUUUCGUUGGCAGUAUCCAGGACCGCAGAUAA